AUUUUGGGCUUGAGGGAGACAUAUCUUAGGGCUCCACAGGACUGAAAGGUUCUUGGAAAUCACUGUCUAAUAGUUUUUAGGUGGAUAUGCCUAGAGAUACAAAGAGGAUGGGUCCACUUUCUCUACUGUUGCUUCUGGCCACUGUGAUCCACCAAUCUACAGGACUGAAUUUCACACUUUAUAGCAAUUUAUCCCCUACAAAAGAAAUGCAGAAGAAGAUUCUUGAACACCACAAUAAUAUAAGAAGAUCGGUGAUCCCACCAGCUAGCAAUAUGCUGAAAAUGGAAUGGAAUAAUGAAGCAGCUGCAAAUGCUCAGAGGUGGGCAAAUAAAUGCACAACAGAAGCUAGUGGAAUUAAUAAUAGAUCUAUUGAUGAUAUGGUAUGUGGUGAAAACAUAUUUGCAGCAAGCUUUCCUGCCUCCUGGGAUGAUGCCAUCCUUGUUUGGGAACUACAGAAAAAGAAUUUUACUUACGGAGUAGGGGCCAUCAAUGAAAAUCACCAUUAUCUUUCUUAUACUCAAAUGAUCUGGUAUAAAACUUAUAAAAUUGGAUGCGGUGUUUCCUAUUGCCCCCAAAAUGCAUAUAAGUACAUUUAUGUGUGCCAAUACUGUCCAGCAGGGAAUGAAGUCAUUUCAUUAGCAACACCCUAUAAGAAAGGUGACAGAUGUGGUGAUUGCCUUCAUUCUUGUCAAAAUGGACUGUGUACCAACCCUUGUCAGUAUGAAGAUAAAUAUUCAAAUUGCCAAGACUUGAAAGAUCAUCUUACCUGUGACUUCACAGAGGUCAAGCUUCACUGUAAAGCUACGUGCAGGUGUACCAGUGAAAUAAAAUAG